AUGGCUUUUGAUCAAGUAAUGUCAACUACGAUGAAAUUUCCAAUGGGUUAUCGUUUCGUCCCAACUGAAGAAGAGCUCGUUCUCGGAUACCUCUUGAAGAAGGUAAAAGGAGAAACGCUACCAUCUCAGGCAGUCAUCGACUGUGAAAUCUAUGGAGAUGAUAAGGAGCCAUGGAAGAUUUUUAAUCAGACUUCAACCGAUAAGUUUUAUGUCUUCACUAAGCUGAAGAAGAAGAAUGGUAGGGGAAGAAGGAUAGAUCGGACGGCUGGUUAUGGGACAUGGAAAGCUCAAAACACCUAUCUUGUUAUGGAUUCUAAGAAUAAUCAUGUCGGCUUCAACAAACUUUUUGUCUUCGAAGUUAAAGGUUCUGAUUCCAAUAAUGCUAUCAAUGGACAUUGGCUGAUGCAUGAAUUUUCGCUCCUUAAUGAUAAGAGUGACUUCGUCCUCUGCGAAAUUAGAAACAAGAAUGCAACUGGUGUAAUUCAAACGGAGAAAGAAGACUGUGAAAAAGGAUCAAUUGUUGAAGAACUUGAAUCUUGUGAAGAUGGAAUAUUGACAGUUGAAGAACUUGAAGACAUGAUGAUAGGGGCUGAAGAAAGUUUUCAAUCGGAGAAAGAAGAUUGUUCAAAAGGAUCAACUGUUAUAAAACUUGCAUCUUGUGAAGUUUGGAUGGACACUCGAGGAACUUGA